GCGUAAUUUAACACCCCACCACGAUCCCGUGUGUCACAGCUCCUCUGGACUUUACUCUGAGCAGCAUCAAAUCUCGGCGGCAUUAAGUCAGAAUGGAUGUGAAGCUGUUGGCAGCCGUGACUGCGCUCAUGGUGGUGAUAUAUGCGCCUCCAUCUCAAGCAAAGCCUCUCAGUCUGGUGGAGAGAUGCUACUGCCGCUCGACAGUCAACAACCUCUCACGGAACUACAUUCGAGAGCUCAGGUUCAUCCAAACACCUAACUGCCCCUUCCAAGUGAUUGCCAAGCUGAAGUCAAACAAAGAAGUGUGCCUGAACCCGGAGAUCCGGUGGCUGCAGCAGUACCUGAAGAACGCCAUCAAGAAAAUGAAGCAGGCUAAACUGGGAAACGGAAACUGAGGAGUCCACAGACAUCCUCUUCAUCCACCACCAAGGGUUUUUGGACCAUCAUCAUUGUCAUCGUCGUCACAUAACAUGCGAAAUGAGACCAUGUGGUAUGUUAUACAGCACUUACUGGGGCUGCUGGUGAACCAACCUCCAACUCUUUACCAUGAACACCCACCAGCCCUGUCGCCGUCACCACCCCUGCCACUCUCAUCCCUCUUAGCCAUCAUAGGUGUUACUAGCGUAAAGUGCAAUUAUAUCCUGACAUGUAUGUUUUUCUAACUAUAUUGUAUAUACAUUUUUGUUAAUGGCCUUCAACAGUAAAGAGCUAUUUUUGGAGAUUUUCUUCCUCCCCUGGCCUCUUUGUCGUUUAGAAAUGAUCAGCCGUAGGGUCAAAGUGUUCAAGGGCUGUAUGGGUUAGUGGAGGCGUCUUCUCCAUGAUAAACAUGGGCCUGGAGUCUCCAUGCUCCGCUGAGCCAGGACCAAACAUCAGCUCUGGCUUUUCUUACUGUCUCUGGGUUUAAAUUGUACAAAGUGAUGGGGAGUUGCUGUCCAACUUGCAUUUCAUGUUUCAACUUAAUUGGCUCGGGAGGGAUUUCAGUGUGCCGCCCCAGACUGAAUAUGAGAUGGAUGAAAGAUUCCCGUAAAAUGGCAAUAAUCAUGAUUUUCUGAUGAAAAGUAAGAUUCCACCGACGCUUGGAACAUUUCCUGAGCCGCCCCGUGGCUGUGUUGCUCAACAUGAAUGAUGCUUCUUUAGUUUUUUUUUUUGUUUUGUUCAUUGUUGAGGACUAGCUGAACAUCUGCGUCUCAACAAUUUUAACCGAGCAACCAGUAAGUCAGUAUUUACUGGCAUCAUAAAGCUGUGUGAUUAAAACAAGUCAGGGUCAGUCAUUAAUGUUGGCUGGACGCUGCUGUGAACAGACGUUUCUGGGAAGGGAACAAACAAUUCAUGCAACAGUUACCACGUUAUGUUAUAAAGAAUUACUGACCACAGAGAUGUACAUAGAUGUGACUACCUAAGUGUCAUGAUAGCAAAGCACUUUAUGUCUGAUAUAUUCAAGUCAAACUCACUAAUCCUGAUCCUUCAUUUCCCGCUUUAGUCCUUAUGUUUUGUUUAUCAUGCUUUUUACUUCUGUUCUUUCUGAUCCACAAAUGUUUACUUGCAUCUAACUGUUAAAACAUUUACUCAUCACUUUGUCAUAUGUAAAAUUAAUAUUAUACAAAUGUUUUAUUUUUGUACCCUUUUAUGCAUUUAUAUAUUAAAUACAAACAUUUCAAUGAAAAACCUGUACUCUCACAACUGAGCCAAUACAGCAAAGCAUCAUGGGAAUGCUUUAUCCUUCCUAUAUGUCACGUCAUUUCAUCAUUAAUACAAACACACAGGUCAGUAGUAGUGUAUUUCUAUAUCCAGUUUAGAGAAAGUGCUUCCAGAGCCUAGUCACAGCUGGUGUAAUCUUACUGUAACAGUGGGUCAGAGGCUCGGUUUGAGGCUUUGAUGUAGGAACAUGUGCUUAGCUUCACUCACAAGGGCAAAUGAAAGGCAAGGACAAUAAUCCUGCCUGUGAUUUAACUAUUAACUCAACAAGCGACCAUUAGGGGAACAUUAGUGCUUAAAGGGAUGAACUUUUCACUUCCCUCUAAGGGCAUUACACACAGAGGAGCACAGUAGUACAUGUGAUGAGAGCGGUCCACUGAUUGAAGCGUCGGGGGGAGAUAGACGGGCCGUGGGUCGUGGUUCCCGGCCCAUUUGAAGUCAGGGCUAAGAAUGAUAGCAGCAGUACAUCUGAGGAAGACAAAGCUGUUGGUUUAAGCCUACAGGUAUCAACAAGCAAGGUUCUCUCUGCUAAUGUGAAAAUGAGGCAGCUUUUUUUUUUAUAAUGUCAAACAAAUAAAUCAUCCUUCAGAGCUGAGUGUUUGUUCUCACAGUAAAUCAUUUAUAAAUCAUUUGUUCACUGAGAAUAUUGCUAUUAAACUUUUUAAGACA